AUGGAGGAGGAGAGAGAUGAUCUCGUCACGAUGAUGAGCAUGAUGGAGGAUGCCUCUGAACAGAGUAUGAAAACCUCCUUCGAGGACGGGCAGUCGAUGGAGUCCAAGAGGGAGAGAGACAAGGAAGAGGACCUCCCAGGCACCACCAGUGAAGAAAUGAAAGGCCAACCCAAACUACACGACGUGAAUAUUAAUGAGGACGAAGCAGUUAUGUUCGUAGACCUGAAGAGGAAAAGAAGGAUGAACCCAGACGAUGAAUACUACUCUGUUAAGCUACCCAAGUUUAUAGGCGUGUGUCCCGAUAUAGGGAAGGUCUCUGGGCGGACACGCGGUGAAGGGGUACACCCCAAUGAAACGGAAAGAACUGAACGAUUGGAAGACGUAACGCACUUUCCGAACACGCACAACGUGAUUGAUAUUGAGGGGGAAGGGCGCCAUCCCCACAUGGCAAAAAACCAAAAAGCGAUCAUCUCCUGGCAAUUUGAUGUAGACGCAUAUAACAGGGAAAAAGGGAAAAAGGAUUCACAUACGGUGAAGCAGGAACAACAAUUUUCACGGAGCGAUGAUUCACACAGACAUGAUGAAGCGCAAGAAGUUCACUCAGACGGAAACGACUUGCCCCAUUUGACGGAUGACGACCUGUCCGACUUUUCCACUGUCGAUGAGCUUUACCAAACCUACCAGGUGACUCACAACUGUGAUGACCUUAUGAGCCUUCCAUCGGACGACCCAAAUGACAAGACAACCAUUUUGUGCCGCAACAUGGAGUUCCUAGAAACGAAUUCAUUCAUUGUAGAAUAUGAGGAUGGCAAACUUAUUUUUUUUAUUAAUGAGAAGCCAUACCUUUUGGAGUCCGACAAGGAGACCAAUUAUUUAAUCGAACUAUCCGAUAUGAGUGUCAUGCCUAUUCACUGCAUUCUGGAAAAAAAAAUUUUCCUCAAGUCCAUCACUCGGGAGGAACAGGGUAACCCUCAGGGGAAUGCACCGCCUGGCAUGGUUGACAUAUAUUAUUCGCUGCACGGGUGA